AUGAUCUCCUCUCCUCAAGAGAUCCAACAAACCCCAAACUACCUUCAAACGCCCCUCUGCAGCUGGGGCAUUCAAGGCCCCGACAACAGCGUGCUCCUGACCGGCUCGAUCCUCGUGGCCUGGAGCGUGGCCACGCGCUCCUCCCUCUACCCGAUUUUCAACAACCCUGUCUCCACGUACGUUGGUAAAAUCUCUUAUCCACUUUACCUCGUCCGCGGCAUGAUGAUCAAGUAUCUGGGCUACAACCUACUACCGGGGACGUUGCGGGUCGCGACUGGGACGUCCGAGUACGUCGAGCUGGACCUGGAGUGGUGGGGGAGAGUGGCCGAUUGGCAGAAACCCAUCGCUUACAUGCUGGGCCUGUGUUUUGUGGUCCCCGCCUGUUUCUUGCUCGCGGACCUUUUCUGGCGCUUCGGAAAUUCCCUGCGUGGCGUUCGCAAGGAACGUCGAGACAUACCUCGUGACUCGCGUUUCUUCUUCCAAUCGCAUCGAUGA